AUGGAUGAUAUUCCUGAGACUGAAACUCCAUUUCCUCACAAAGUUGGUAACCUCUACAGAAUCAUGUACGUGGUGAAUUGGGAGGAAGAAGAAGAUAAAAACUCUGAAAAGUUCAUGGGUUGGAUGAGGAGGGUUUACAAUUACAUGACACCAUAUGUUUUGGAAUCUCCACGAGGAGCUUACGUAAAUUACAAAGAGCUUGAGAUCGGAGCUAGUGAAAUUAGCGACGACAACAUCAGCUACGAAAAAGCCAAGAUUUGGGGUCUGAAAUAUUUUAAAAACAAUUUCAACAGGCUGGUGCAUGUAAAGACAACAGUUGAUCCUGAAAACUUCUUCAAGCAUGAACAAAGCAUCCCUCCACUUCCUCAUUUGUUGAAGAAAGGAUCAAACUGGAGUUUGUAA